GCCUUUUUUGGAGUAAUUUUCCAAAAACAGUUAUCACGAUCAUCAUAACAUCAAUUCAAUUCUCGAGCAGUGUGUAGAUUACUCAAAAAUCGGUGGGGAGCGUAGACGACGUUUCUUCGUGCAGCUAAAUAUCCAGCGGCGCUUAACACUAAUCAAUUCCUACACUAACGACGGACGGACAGUGUUUUUUUUGUUAGCAAAUCGGUGUCAGGAAGCUAGUGCCGGAAAAAAUGGAAAAAACGAGACAGUUUUAUGGCUCCCUCAACAACUCGUUUGAUUCAAUGGCUGCGAAAAUGGCUCAUUCUAUGAAAAGUGAAGAAAAGCAGCGGCUACUCGACUCGGAACACCCGGUCCCUACUAACUCCGUGGUGGAUAUGGAGAAUGUUGCGGCUGAUGAUGAUUUGCUCGGCAACCGAAACAUUGAGCAUCCAACCAGUAAUUUCGACACCAUGGUACAUCUGCUGAAAGGAAAUAUUGGAACUGGUAUCUUAGCUAUGCCGGAUGCCUUCAGGAACGCUGGAUGGGUCAUAGGCUUGUUUGGGACAUUGACAAUGGGUAUCAUCUGCACACACUGUAUGCAUAUGUUGGUGGAGUGCUCAAGAGAGCUGUGCCGAAGAACUCAGACGCCCUCUCUGAGCUUUGCUGAGGUAGUGGAGGCUGCCUGCAGGACUGGGCCGGAAUUUUUGCAGCGCAAAGCCAAAGUGGCCAAGUUCAUUUUAAACAUCUUUCUCUUCAUUACCCAGAUGGGCUUCUGUUGUGUCUACUAUGUCUUCGUGGCUGUUAAUCUGCAGGAAGUGGUCAAGCAUUAUUUCGUGGAUCUUCCCGUCUAUUGGUACUUUGUGUUUCUUAUGGUGCCGCUGGUGCUGCUCAACUGGGUGAAGAGCUUGAAGUACUUGACGCCUGCCUCUCUUUUCGCCUCAAUCGUCAUGUCUACAGGGCUGAUUAUCACGUUCUUCUACAUGCUUCAAGGGCUUUCGCCUGUCUCUACAAUCAAUGCCUUUUCCAGCUGGGGACAGUUGCCGUUGUACUUCGGAACUGCUGUUUAUGCCUUUGAAGGCAUUGGAGUGGUGCUGCCUUUAGAGAGCAACAUGAGGAAUCCCCAGGACUUUGGCGGUUGGAAUGGUGUGUUGAAUAGGGGAAUGAUCGUAGUGGCUGUGCUCUAUACAGCUGUGGGCUUCUUCGGCUACUUGAAGUAUGGGGAUAAAGCAGUUUUGGGAAGUGUUACGCUGCUGCUGCCCGCAGAUGAAAUCUUGGCUCAAUCCGUGCGCCUGAUGAUGGCGGUGGCGAUCUUGCUUUCCUAUAGUCUGCAGUUUUACGUGCCCUUCAACAUAAUCUGGCCCAGCAUUGAGCACCAUUUCCAAGAUGAAAAAACGCGCCAAUAUGCCGAGUACUUCACACGUACGGCCUUGGUUUUUAUCACUUUUAUUUUUGCUGUCGCUAUUCCAAAUUUAGGCGCAGUCAUUUCCUUGGUGGGCGCCUUUAGCAGUAGUGCUCUUGCGAUGAUUUUUCCUCCUUUGGUGGAAAUCGUCACAUUUUGGCCUGACAAAAUGGCCCGUAACGAUUGGAUGCUUUGGAAAAAUAUUGUAAUAGUCACCAUUGGGUUUCUGGGCUUUCUGACCGGUUCGUACGUGAGCAUUUGUAACAUUUUAAAUCCGGGUGCCACGACUUAAAGUCGCUUUGCUUCAUUCAUUGAUUUGCGCGCUUAAGUGUAAAUGAGCAUUGAAAAGUUUUCCUUAUUUCUGUGAUAGCAAUUUCUGGACUGGUGACGUUGAGACGAAAGAGAUUUUCUUGAUCAAAACCCCCGCAGAAUGUCGACCGACAAUAAUUGACAAUAUAAUUAUCGUUAUCUAACAGAACUGAGAUUUAUCGAAGUCUGCUUUCACGCUGGCCAUUUAUCUUGAGCUGGUUAUUUUGACAAUUUCUUGAAGAAGUUGAAAACAUUUCGGUGGAUGAUCUCUAGUCAGAGUAGUUUUAGAGUUAGUUCGAAGAUUCGCUCGAGGCCAGCGCUUUCCUUUCCAGAUAUAAUACCCGGAAUAAAUAGCCUCAGCUUACCCUGAAGGACACAAAUUCUGGGCAUCAAAGCCAUUUUAUUCAGUCCGAUUCCAAGUAAACUCUCGCAUCAGCUGUAUAUCCUGUAUAGUUAUACAUAUAGAAAAUACUAUUCUGAUGAUGCUUAUUAAUCAGAAAUUAUUUAGAUGAUGAUAAACUGUUAAGUGUACUAUAAAGUCUAUUUAGAGUAUGUUCUGUGGAUAUGUAUGGCCGGCCAUAGUAUAUUUGUAUUUAUUAUUAUUGUGUGUUUUAGUUGAUUGCUGUCUAUUUUUGUAUCGAAAAUAUAUGCUUUAAUAUCGA